UGUGCCCUGCUGCCGCCGCAUUCUGAGCCCGAGAGGGGGAAAGAGGAGAAUGGAGAAAGAGCAGCGCGCCGGGGGCGGUGGCAGCGGCAGCAAUCAUAGGCACAGGAAGGGAACCGCGGAGGCUGCCCCCUGACUCUCCAUUGGGCAUCCAGCGAAAGGGGGAGCUGCAUGAGGGAAAACCCCUUCCUCGUUAGACCCUGAAGACAGUGAAAAAAACAGCAAGAUGAAGUUUCAGGGUUUCUGCCGGUGCAUAGAAACCAUAAAAACUUUGAGCUGAAGAUUUAUGUAGUGCCAUUGCUGUGCCGGGAUUGGACAAAACAUAGAAAUGUGACACAGUCCCCACGUCAGAGGUUUGCAGUCUACAUUGGAAUUGUUUUCAAGGGAUUAUGUUUUACAGCAAACGGAUACGCUCAAGAAGAACAGCGUCGGAUCCCCCUUUCAUUAUAUGCAAAAGAGGUUGGGAUUUAUGCUGAAACAAAACUGGAUUCACCAUGAGGCCAAAGACUUUUCCUGCUACCACUUACUCUGGGAACAGCCGACAAAGACUGCAGGAGAUCCGGGAAGGUUUGAAGCAACCUACCAAAUCCUCCAGUCAGGGAUUACCUGUCGGGCCAGGUGGUGAAACUUCUCUGGACCCUAAAAUUCUAGUAGGGAAAGAUGCCACCAGGCAGCAACAAAUGAGACCUGCUGCCAAGUUUGGGCCUUACCAGAAAGCACUGCGAGAAAUCAGAUACUCUUUGUUGCCCUUUGCUAAUGAGAUCGGCACCACCUCCGCAACAGUUGAAGUCAAUAGGCAAAUGCUGCAGGAACUGGUGAAUGCAGGAUGUGAUCAGGAGAUGGCUGUAAGAGCCCUCAAGCAGACUGGUAGCAGAAGCAUUGAAGCAGCUCUGGAAUUCAUUAGCAAGAUGGGAUACCUAGACCCUAGAAAUGAACAAAUAGUCCGCGUGAUUAAGCAGACCUCUUCAGGAAAGGGUAUUAUGCCAAACAAUGUAAGCCGUCGGCCAAGUUUUGAAGGAACAAGCGAAUCGUUUCCGUCCUAUCACCAGAUUAGCAACCCAGUCUAUGAAGGUACAAGCUUUGGAGCAGAAGCUGCUAACAUGCUCAGUGACGUUUCUAGGCCGUAUAUGGAUUACCUACUCUCUGCUUCCCAGUCUGCAACCAUGAACGCUCCAGUACAAAGGCCAGCUGGCUUAGGCUCCCACAACCCGCCAGGGGGUCAUCAGCAGAAAACGUAUCCUGUUAACAUGGAUUCCUCAGUGAUCAACUACCCAGUGGCUGGUCACAGUAGCCAGGCUUUGCAGCUGCAAGGCACCCAUGGCUCAAGCAGCCCACACUACAGCAGGCCGCCUGUGAUGGUGCAGAGUGAGGCUCUUGGGUAUGGAAUUCAGCGGAGCCAAUCUUUUCAAAACAAGCUGCAGCAGGAGGGAGGGUAUCCGAGCCUUCCAAAUAAAGGAACGGUUGCUCAGAGUAAUCCCAGCCACGGGUUCCAGCAGGCCCCAGCUAAUCUGUAUAUGCCCCACACUCAUCACAAGCAACCCAUCCCAUCUUCUCAUCCAGUGCAUGUGAUCACCAGAGGCCCGGCAUUCACAAAUGAAUUUUCAGACAGCCUGCCACAGGGCCUGUUAACGCCAUCUAGAAACAGCCUGAACAUGGACUUGUAUGAUAUGAAUAACCCUCAAGUUCAGCAGUGGCAAGCCACCUCUUCCUCUUCCUCCUCCUCCUCCUCCCGUCGCGAUUCAUUACAGAACCCGUCUUUGGAAGCAUCUCCCCGGCAGCAUGUUCCCUUCAGGCCAGAUGCCUGUGUUCCAAGCAGAACCAAUUCUUUUAACAACCAUCAACAGCAGAUGCCGGUAUCCAUGAGGCAGACUCCUCCAGGCAAAGCAGAUGCUUCCAUUACUUCUCCAAAUACCAUCACGGCGGUCACAUCUGCUCAUAUUCUCCAGCCAGUGAAGAGCACAAGAGUGAUGAGGCCUGAACCUCAAACUGCUGUAGGCCCUGCUCAUCCUGGCUGGUUACCAGCACAAUCUUCAUCUGUGGAUGGCUUAGGAAUGAUAGAACAGCACCCCCUUGCUGUUGGAGGAGCAAACUCCUAUCAAUUAGAUGUUGACUAUAGCAAUCAGGAGCUCAGGUGUCCGCCGCCUCCCUAUCCUAAACAUUUGCUGCUACCCAGUAGUUCUGAGCAGUUUGACAUCAGCUGCUUACGUACCGGAAUGGAGCAGACAAUUCGGGGAGUCCCAAACACGGCAGGCAACAAAACUGAGGAAAACGGGGAAAGGAGCGACAAAAUUAAAACUGCCAAAGUGGAAAAACUGGGAAAGGAUAAAAAGCAGAUCCAGACAUCCCCGGUGCCAGUGCGGAAGAAUGGCAAAGAUGAAGAAAAAAGAGAAUCCCGAAUUAAGAGUUACUCACCAUUUGCCUUUAAAUUCUACAUGGAGCAGCAUGUGGAGAAUGUCAUAAAGACCUACCAGCAGAAAAUUAAUCGCCGGCUGCAGUUGGAGCAAGAAAUGGCCAAGGCUGGUCUUUGUGAAACAGAGCAAGAGCAAAUGAGAAAGAUUCUGUACCAAAAGGAGUCCAACUACAACAGGCUUAAGAGAGCCAAAAUGGACAAAUCUAUGUUUGUAAAAAUCAAGACUCUGGGCAUUGGGGCUUUUGGGGAAGUCUGCCUCGCCUGCAAAGUGGACACUCAUGCUCUGUAUGCCAUGAAAACUCUGAGGAAAAAAGAUGUGCUGAAUCGUAACCAAGUGGCUCACGUGAAGGCUGAGAGGGAUAUCCUUGCAGAAGCAGACAAUGAAUGGGUGGUUAAGCUGUACUACUCCUUCCAAGACAAAGAGAACCUUUACUUCGUGAUGGACUACAUCCCCGGUGGAGAUAUGAUGAGCCUGUUGAUCCGGAUGGAGGUCUUUCCAGAAAAGCUAGCUCGGUUUUACAUUGCUGAACUCACGUUAGCCAUAGAGAGUGUGCACAAAAUGGGAUUUAUCCAUAGAGACAUCAAACCGGAUAACAUUCUGAUUGAUCUUGAUGGACACAUCAAACUGACUGACUUUGGCCUCUGCACUGGUUUCAGAUGGACACACAACUCAAAAUAUUAUCAGAAAGGGAGCCACAUCAGGCAGGACAGCAUGGAGCCCAGCGAUCUUUGGGAUGAUGUGUCUAACUGUAGAUGCGGAGACAGGUUGAAGACCUUGGAGCAGAGAGCUAAAAAGCAACACCAACGAUGUUUAGCCCAUUCAUUAGUUGGAACUCCCAAUUAUAUUGCACCAGAAGUUCUGCUUCGUAAAGGAUACACUCAGCUUUGUGAUUGGUGGAGUGUUGGUGUCAUUCUCUUUGAGAUGCUUGUGGGACAGCCUCCCUUUCUGGCUCCUAAUCCCACAGAGACCCAGCUGAAGGUGAUAAACUGGGAGAAUACACUGCACAUUCCCUCCCAGAUCAACCUAAGCCCGGAAGCAAGUGACCUUAUCACCCAACUGUGUUGCGCUGCUGAAGAACGGCUCGGAAGAAACGGAGCAGAUGAUAUCAAGGUUCACCCUUUCUUGGACUCCAUAGACUUCUCCACUGAUAUCCGCAGGCAAGCAGCUCCCUAUGUCCCAAAGAUCAGCCAUCCAAUGGACACUUCCAAUUUUGAUCCAGUUGAGGAAGAUGGUCCUUCGGAUGAUGCUAGUGAAGAUAACACCAGGGCGUGGGACCCGCAGACCUCUUCUAGUGGCAAACACACAGAACAUGCCUUCUACGAGUUCACUUUCCGAAGGUUUUUUGAUGACAACGGAUACCCAUUCAGAUACCCAAAGCCUUCUGGGCUAGACGUAAGCCAGUCUGAGAACUCUGAUGUAGAAAGCAAAGAUGGGCUGGAUCAGACUGGAGCCUGUCAACCUGUAUAUGUGUAAAACAAAACCUAACACUCUGUUAAUACAUUUAGGGUCUUCCGUAUAUAGUUGUUAGUUGAUGUAGGUUCCAGUUGAAUUUAACACAAGUCUGGAGAGACAACGGCUUGUGCACAGCGAGCUGGUUCUGAUUUUAGAACUGUAAAUAGCUAUAUCAAUGACUGCACUUGAAAUCCAGAUUUUCACCAUCAUUUCUAAGGGUCGCUGUGUCACCCUUCUUAACCAGCUUUUCCUUCUGGGUCAGUGUUGCAUACUUUGAGCAUUGACAGGCUUCCACAGCAUUGUGCUUUGUUUUUGUUUUGUUUUAAGUGAGCAAAAAGCACUUAUUUUUGUUUAUAGCAGGGUUGUGUUUUUCCUACUAAAUUAUAGGGAUUAAUUUUGACAAAUCAUGCUGCUGUUCUUUUCUCCUUUUUCUUUUAAAAAAAAAAUCCAUCGCACUUAUGUCACAUUUUUAGGAAAAUGCGUAAGAUUGAAGAACGUGUAAUUAAAGGUCUCUGUGCAAUAAUGUUUAAUAAGAGAACUGUCUAAUGUUCUAAAUUUACCAGCGCCGUUUUUAUUCACCCCAUAACCUUUAUGUGUAUGGGCCUGUUCACAUAUCACAACAGCCCACUAUGGCUUAAUUUACCCUAGGAGACUGUUGUGUUGUGCUGGAUGCUUAUGGGCGCCCAGCUCGCCAUGGCUUGUCAUGUUGUGCGAACCCAGGUGUUAGGACUUGUUUUGAGGGUUAGACAAUCCUCAAAUAAGCCCUAAAACAAGCCAUGGGUUAUUUCACAGUUGUCUAAACCUCAAUCAACCCCUGCCACCUGGGUUAACAUGUCUUGACAAGCCAUGGCAAGCUGAGCACCCACAAGUGCCCAGCAUAACACAAUGGCCCCUGUGGUUAAAUUAAGCCAUGGUAGACUGUCGUCUCUUACAAUCCAGUUCUAUGUUUCCACAUUUCAAAAUAAUGAUAAUUUUUGAAGCUGCUUUAUUUUCCUUUUUAAAGCAAUUUUGGAAUUUUAGUGUAAUCAAAGUGUGAGCAAGUGGCAGUUGGAGUGUGAUUACAAGUGACCGGUGUGUGGAAAAUGUUGCACGGGCUGUGAUUAUUUUGUUUUUCUGUUUGAAAUGACCUUUUUCUUGCCAUUCACAGGCAGGUCCUGUGUAUCCAUUUUUAUUGAGGAUCUACAAUUUUAGACCUUUAGAACUUGUGUGUUGAUAACGUAUUGUGUGGAUGGUUUUUCUAUUAUGAUUGUGUGCCACCGUUAUGUGUUAUGUAAAACAAAUGACAAAGCUCUAAUUCAGGUUAGGGAUUGGUGGUGUGUAUAGGGGAAGGGAGAAGUUGGUUUAACUGAUUGAUUUGUUUCAUAAAAUAUUCUUCCAAAGAAGGAUAAAUAGCAAAAUAUUGCUUUUAUAAUCAAUUUGUGGUCCAAAUCUAUGGCCCACUUACCUAGCACAUGAUAUGCAGUGUUGUUUGAAACUUGCCAUAUAGUAUUCAGUAAUAUUAUCACUUAGUGUCUGUAUAAAAGUUUUUUAAAAAAUCCAAUUCUCUGUGCCUUAAAUUAGAUUCAGGAGCCUUAUUUUCUUAUCCUUAAAAGUAAUAGGACUCUUCAGAGCAGGAAUGUUAAGGGUAAUUAAGUGACAAUAUAGCUGUCUUUCCGGAAUGUGUUGUGGAUAUAUGAAGCUGCCUUUAUACUGAGUCAGACUUUUGGGUCCACCUAGCUAGUGCAGUCUACUCUAGUUGGCAGUCUCUCUUGAGCAAAGGUCUUCCAAGCCCUGUUACGUGAGAUCCUUUACUUGGAGAUGCGGAGAACUGAACCUGAGACAUUAUAUGUACAAAACACGUACCUUGCCAUUGAGCUGCAGUCCAUCCCAAAUGCAUCUUUUCAUCAUUGUGACUAUAACUUACGGCGGCAAGCCAGCUGCUCUUGAGUAUUCAUUUAGGGGCAGGCAGAAAGUAGAUCUCCAGAUGCUUUGGACUUCAACUCCCAGAUGUCCCUGCCAGUAGUGAGGAAUGCUGGGAGUUGGAGUCCAAAACGUUUGGAAAUCUGCUUUCUGUCCAUUGCUGGUUGAGACCAUAAAGAAAAUACAACAACACAUCUUGACAUGUCUAGUUGCUUCUGUGUGGUCACUUUGAGGCAACGAUGACUGACACUGUUCCAAGGCUGCUAGGAAUUGUGAAUUAUUCUGUCCUAUUUAAAUAGAUAGGCCUACCCUAACCAUGUACACACAGAAGUGAAUAUAUUUGGGGUUGCAGCUUUAGUUGUCUAAACAAAGUACCCAAAUGCUGGUCCUGAUUAUACCCGGUCUAUUAUAUUUCUAUAUAUUAUGAUGGACCAUACCUAAUCCUUCAUCUCUAUCAAAACGCAAGCAUACUUUUAAAUGUUUUUUUAAAUUUUGUUUAAAAUAUGCAUUUUUAUUAGCUAUGUUAAUGUAAGGAUUAUUCAAAGUGAUAAUGGAAUACUAAAGAUAAUUAAGCCAUAACUAUCAUUUAUAUUCUAUAUAUAUCUAAAUAGAUUCCCCCCCCCUUCCAAAUGCUUAAUUCAGAUUAGUUUAACAGUCCUGUUUUUUAAAUGAUUGAUUACAAUAACAUUUGAGGGCAAUAUUCCACUGUGUUUUUCUUUACUUUAAGUUUUUAAAUCUGAAGCUUCAUUUUUUCCUAUGUUAUUCCACAUAUUAUUCCUUAACAUUUUAGCCUAUCAUAUCCUACCCAUUCUCUAGAUAUAUAAAGCAACAACACCUGUAAAUCCAUCAGGCUAAAACUAAACAAAAUGAUUGUGUAUUUGUUUACAUUUGUAUGAAAGGAGUGUUCUGGGGUAUGCAGUGCUUGUGUUGUGGCGGUUUAUGAAAGAUUCAGUAUUACUACUUUUUAUAUAAUAAUGCCAUGUUUUUUAUAUUUACAUCUAUCUGACAUUCUUUCAUGUGGUAGGUUCUUCCUCAGGAACUCAGUUUAACUGUUAUUUAUUUAUCGUUUGCCUUUCGAAAGCUUCUGCUGGCACAAUUUAUUAUUAAAAGAAAAGGAAUCAAAAUCCAA